GCUGCUCCACAGCAUGUGGGAUCUUCCCGGACCAGGGCUCGAACCCGUGUCCCCUACCUUGGCAGGCAGAUUCUUAACCACUGUGCCACCAGGGAAGCCCCAACUUUUCAGAUUAUAAGAUGCAUUUUUCCAGACAAUAACGUCACCCAAAUUUCUUGGGACCUUCUAUGCCUGAUACGACCCUCGGGGCGCCUCUGGGCGCGGACGUUGCUCGCCCAUGCGCGGACUGCACCACAGCGUGGGGCUGUGACACCGCGAGACUUCCGCAGCUCCACCCACAGGCCCCGCCCCCAUUUCCGGCUUUUCGCCCCGCCCACUCAGCGUCUCGGGAUCCUCUCCCUGGCCAGGCUCCAGCAGCCUCGCUCUGGGUCCGCUCCACACUCUCCUCUGCGGGUGGCUGGCUUCCCGGCGGGUUUUGUUUGCGACGCUGUCGUGCCAGAGCGCGCUUUACGGCCGCGGGGACGGAUCGAGCCGGUGCCAGGGCCCCUCCGGCCCGGAAACGGGACAGGCGAGCGAGGUUGAUGCCCGGUGGUGGGGCGAGCGCGGCGUGUGGCCGUCUUCUUACCGCCGCGGAGCAAAGGGGGGCCCGGGAAGCGGCGGGGUCGGUGUCUAGGAGCGGGCCAGGAGGCUCCGGCUCCGGCGGCGGCGGCGGCGGCAGAGGCGGAGCGGGUGGCCCCGGGCCGGGUUGUGGAGGCCCGGGGGGCCCCGCGGGCAGGAUGAGCCUGACCCCGAAGGAGCUCUCGAGCCUGCUGAGCAUCAUCUCGGAGGAGGCGGGCGGCGGCAGCACCUUCGAGGGCCUGUCCACCGCCUUCCACCACUACUUCAGCAAGGCCGACCACUUCCGUCUGGGCUCGGUGCUCGUCAUGCUACUGCAGCAGCCGGACCUGCUGCCCAGCGCGGCGCAGCGCCUCACGGCGCUCUACCUGCUCUGGGAGAUGUACCGCACCGAGCCGCUCGCCGCCAACCCCUUCGCCGCCAGCUUCGCGCACCUGCUCAACCCCGCGCCGCCCGCCCGCGGCGGCCAGGAGCCCGACCGGCCGCCGCUCUCAGGAUUUUUACCUCCUAUAACUCCACCAGAAAAGUUUUUUCUUUCCCAGCUGAUGCUGGCACCUCCACGGGAACUCUUCAAAAAGACACCGCGACAGAUUGCCUUGAUGGACGUCGGGAACAUGGGCCAGUCUGUGGACAUUAGCGGGCUUCAGCUAGCCCUGGCUGAACGCCAGUCUGAAUUGCCAACUCAAAGUAAGGCCAGCUUCCCUAGCAUUCUCAGUGACCCAGACCCGGAUUCUUCUAAUUCUGGAUUUGACAGCUCCGUUGCCUCUCAGAUCACGGAAGCUUUAGUCAGUGGACCAAAGCCACCUAUUGAAAGCCAUUUUCGGCCGGAGCUCAUCCGUCCACCACCUCCGCUCCACGUGUGUGAGGACGAGCUGGCGUGGCUCAAUCCAACCGAGCCCGACCACGCGGUUCAGUGGGACAAGUCAAUGUGUGUGAAGAACAGCACUGGCGUGGAGAUCAAGCGAAUAAUGGCCAAAGCCUUCAAAAGCCCCUUAUCUUCUCCUCAACAGACACAGCUCCUUGGAGAGUUGGAAAAGGACCCCAAACUUGUUUAUCAUAUUGGCCUCACUCCAGCCAAGCUUCCUGACCUAGUGGAAAACAACCCUCUAGUCGCUAUAGAAAUGUUGCUGAAGUUAAUGCAGUCAAGCCAGAUCACUGAGUAUUUUUCGGUUCUGGUCAAUAUGGACAUGUCAUUACAUUCAAUGGAAGUUGUAAACCGACUAACUACAGCUGUUGAUCUACCUCCUGAAUUUAUUCACCUUUAUAUAUCAAAUUGCAUUUCUACCUGUGAACAAAUUAAGGAUAAAUAUAUGCAGAAUCGCCUGGUGCGUCUCGUGUGUGUCUUCCUCCAGUCCUUGAUCCGUAACAAAAUCAUUAACGUGCAGGACUUGUUUAUAGAAGUGCAGGCCUUCUGUAUUGAGUUCAGCAGGAUACGAGAAGCUGCAGGUCUCUUCCGGUUGUUGAAGACCUUGGACACUGGCGAGACACCUUCUGAGACCAAGAUGUCCAAGUGAUACCUCGUCGGGACCACCUGUUCAUCGUUCAGCUGUGCUGUGCUUUUCAUUUUUAAAACUGUUCAGACCCUGAGUGAUUGCUUGGCUUAAUGCGUAUAAACACCACUUUAUCCACUUAAAGCAAAGUUUUGCUUUCCUGGAUGACUUUUUCUUUCAGAUGAAUUUUUGGUAAGAACUUGGAAGAAUGUGUCUUGCUGAUGAUUUCCAUAGGGGAUGUCAUCCCAAACGAAGUCACUGCACUAAGUAGAUGAGGUCUUCAGCACUGAAGAGCAAGGUGCCUGUUUGUGCUUAAGAUGUAAGUGACGGGCUUCAGUAAGGCAAGAAUACCGUUUUCCUGAGGUUCCAACGUUCAGAGUUUUUAGUGAGAGUAAAUGAAGACACUCUUAAGAACCUGCCUUACUGCCCCUGAGGUCUUGAGUCAUCACAUGACGGUAUUCUGACCCUUGAACUUCUCACUGGGUGCAGUGUGAGCCUCGGACACCCGUGUAACCUUAUCCUUUCUUGUCCUGGGGACCUAAGAGACAACAGCGGGCUGCCUACAGACGUGGGAAUUCUUAGAAACCUUUCUUGAGACUGUAACAGCUGGUAGUUUUCUGGGCCGUCUCUCCUGUUAACAGUCUAAGAGCGUCGGCACUCCAGGAGGAAGGACGGCACCGGGGGCCAUGCUGCACGGCUGCUCGCCGAGUGGGCUUCGUGCCCUUCCCGUGGCGUCCUGUGGGCUGUGUAAGCCCGCGUUUAACUCUGGACAGCAGUGCCUUACAUUAAAGUGCUCUAUGAACUCCAUUAUCUGACGUGUUUUUCACUCAAAGACAUCAUGACAAACUCCCCAUUUGCUGAGGUACUUUCAAAGCAUAUUCUUCAUAGGAACAGGAAUCACCUUCCAAUCCAACCCUUAGCAAAAGGUAAAGGAUACCAAGCCGAGGGGUUUUAAGAUGAGUACAAAUUCCCACCUUGUUAUAUUGGCAAAACAGUACUCUUAGAUUUAUGAGAAAUUUUAGCUUAGUUAUUAUGAAGGGCAGGGAUUUAUAAAUCUAUUUGCUUCAAGGAAAUAAGGACCCAAACUGGUAUAACAGGCACACCUUCAGACAUCUAAAUGAUGGCAACAGUUGACUUCUCUCAACACCUAAUCGCUGGCAUCACCGUUUUGCAUGUUACCACUGGGCAAAGAAACAGUUCAUUAUUCAAAUACUCUCCGGCAUGGCGAGGUUUCGACCGCGCUUUGCCGCAAGCCUCCCAACCUCAGGCUCCAGGCCCUGCCGGUUCCUGGUGAGGCUGAGCCAGCCUCCUGGCCGGCAGCCCCGGGACGCACGCACGUCGCUCACCUACCACGAGUUUUCUCCGGGAGGAACCUCACCAGCGCUCAGGAGCAGCAGCCUGGGCGACAACACUGUGCCUGGGGUCCGUUCCAAACUGAAGUCACCAACAAGAAGCACAAAAUUUCAGAGAUGUGGGACUACGUAGACCACAAAAGGACGCCUGUUGACAGUCUGAGCUGAAGCUAGCAGACAGCACCCUCCCGUCCAGCCUCACCUGGCAGCGCGCGUGCCAGCAGCUCAGCACGUCACUGCCCCCGGGGUGUCCACGAGCCGCCGCAGAUGUGCUACACACACUGAUUUGGAGCGGCAAGUGUGCGUCUGUGGGCAGAUGUGCAAACGUGGCCUGUGACUAAGGACAGACCACUGCGCAUCGUUUCCAGAUUACAGUACUGGUGUUUACUUGACACAGGGAAGGUUUUCAAAUUUAUUUUAAAUAAAUAGCUUACAAAGAAUAGUAAUUAUAUUUAGAGAACAUUAAAAAAAAACAGUCAAGAUACACAGUUACACCACCAGCAAAAAGUUCAUUAAACAUAUUUAAAAGUAGAAGAAAGUUUACCUGAAAUAAAAGAAACAAUAAUCCUGGGAUUCAAUAAACUGCAGUCAACUUUUAAGUAUCAUCAAACGAGUUCAGUUUAACUGUCAUGUUUUUUAAAAACCACACCUUGAAUUCUCUGGACUUUUAGUUCCAAUUUGUUGUAGCUUUAAUAUCUUCAAAUAACCUGUUAAAAAGAAGAUAGCAAAAAGACCUGUUAAGAAGACAUCUUAGGGUAGAAAGUUCAAAAGUGUAUUUGCAAUCCUAAAAUUUAACUAUUUCAAAUACCUCUCUUUAACAGUAUUUUGUUAAAUAAAUUUAAGGAAAUGGUAUCACUCAAUUUUUAUUCUUAUAGAAUACAGAUACACUUUCAUAAAUUUUAAGUAGCAUGUACUACUGUAUUAUACAUUUUGUGAUGAUUCACAUUCCCAUGGUGAACAGUGGAUCACAUACCUAUUUUAAAUGAUAUUAGGGUGAUAUCCCUAAAAUAUUUUAAGGGUUAAAAUGGAAAAUUAACGCGUGGGAAGAACUUUUUACAUACUUGUUAAAAUUCCUGCACCCUGUACCAAGAGAUGUUGCUAAUUUCCUUUUGUAUCUGGUCUUUUCUUUUUAUGCAAUCACUACUGUUCUUAUGAGGAAAAUCCUUGAGGAAAGGACUUCCAUAAUCCUGGGAUUCAACAACUGUAAUCAGCCCAACAGAAAGUACUAGUGUUCCCAAGUUUCUCUUUAGCCCUUAAUACACAAGCCUACAACUCAUCAAAAAGAAUGGAUUGACUUUUCUUGUACUAAUUUUAAACAAAUGCAGUGCAAAAUACUUUUUUUGACUUACAACUUAUUUUGUACUUUGCUGUUAGAACAAGGGCAGAUCUCUAGCUGCAUGGCUGAUGAUGACAUUGUAGACGUUUCACUUUCAUAACCAGUAAUACUAGUAUUUUUGAUGAAUGAAAUGCUUAUAAGUGUUUUUAAAACUUCAAAAGUGAAAUUAACUGGGAAAAGCGUAGGUGGCUUUUCUGGUUGGUUGUUGCGUCACAGAAGCACAGCGUGUGCCACACAAGACAAGCUCUGGUUCAGGCCAACGUCCCAUGCUCUGUAAAUCUCAAAGCAGGGCUUACAGUGAGCCCAAAGAAAUGCUUUUGACUAAAACAUGUCAUUACCUCAGGAUCUAGUUAGUAAUGUAUGCGUGCUGACUUAACCUCAUAAACUUUAAUGUGCUCAAAAGGAGACUAUAGCCAAACUAAGCUAUCUUACUGGGGAAUCUGGUUACGCUGGGUAUUGUGUCCAAGUAAAAACACACCCGGUUCCUGAAGGUCUA